GUAUUUAAGCGCCGUGUUUUUAAGUUGCGGUACUCGACAAUAGAAAUACUUGAUGGCUGCUACUCAUACAAGUUACUUAGGUAAAUUGACAGUUUAGUUUGAUAUAAUGGAGGGUAUUUUGUUAAAAUGGACAAAUUAUGUGAGUGGUUGGCAACAACGGUAUUUCAUUUUGGACGAUGGAGUUCUGUCGUACUAUCGUUCCAAAGAAGAAAUGAAUAGUGGAUGUAAAGGGUCGGUCAAAUUAUCUGUAUGUGAUGUCAUAGUUCAUAGUUCUGAUCCACGAAGAUUUGAUUUGAUUCUUGGUGAACAAAGAUAUUAUUUGCGUGCUUUAUCUCGAGCUGAUCGACAAAGAUGGGUUAUAGCACUUGGUAGUUCAAAAGUAGGUACUACACCAUUAAAGUCAGAAGACGUAAACAUAUAUGAACCUUCACAAACCCAAUUAAUCGAUAAUCAUCGUUCUGAAUUGCGUCUUUAUCAUAAUUUAAUGGUACAACAAGUCAAAGAGAUUCAAAGUAAACUAAAAGAAGGUACGGUCCCAGAUAUGAAUCGUAUUGAUGAAUUAACUGGUAUGCUAAAUGCAUCUUGUUCUACAUUCUUAAUAACUUUGGAUGAAUUAAUGAUUUUAAGUAAUGCACAAGCACCAUGGUUAAGUUCUAUUGUAACAGGAACAACACUAGAGACAAGUCCUACUAUAUUUCGUAAUACAUCAUGUCUUACCAAUACAGAUCCUUCUAAUAUACAUUCACCAAAUAUGAGUAAUAAUCUUUGUUCUUCAUUGACGAACGAUUCGCUCUUUCGAAAUUCACAUGCACAAUCAUCAUUAAAUCGUCGUCACUUCAAUGCUACAAGAAAAUAUCAAACUUUCUUUUCUACUUUAGAAUAUAGUUUUGAGGAGAUUAAACCAUCUAUACCUAUUCAAACUAAUCCAAAUAAUGAUGAAAUCAAAUUACCUGGUGAUUAUUUAUCAGCAUUAGAAUUUGUUAAAGCAUCUAAAUGUUUAUUACAUUUUCUUGAUCGAUUAAAUCAUACAAAUCAACAUAAUUGUACAUUGAAUAAUCCUUCAUCAACUUCACGUACUUAUAUUGCAUUACAACAAGUUCGACAUCGUUUAUUAAAUUAUUUAAAUUGUAUUGAAUUACAUGUUGAAAUGCAUACUACUACUAAUACAACAAAUCUUAUGAAUGAUCCUAAUCAUACUACUAAUUCUACUAUUAUCAGUGGAACCAAUGAAGCAUCAAUGGAUAAUAGAGAGAAUCAUAAUGAUGUAAAUAAUCAUUGUAAUAUUUUAUUUAAAAAAGCUCAACUUAGCUUAGGAUAUUUAUUACGAUAUGAAGUGAAACAUAGAGAAUCAAUUCAAGAGAAUACAAAUUCAGUUUAUAUGGCUAUUUUGUGGUUAUGUAGACUUUUAAUGGAACCUUUUUUCCAAGUACAGAUGUAAAAGGUUAGUAAUGCUUAGCCAUUGACUCAAGUUUACUAAGCUUGCUGCUCGGACGUAUUUUUGGCUAAACCAGAGACGCUAAGCCAUGGAGUAAAUAGUGGAUGCAAAAUAGACCAAAUUAGAAUCGGAAUUCUGAUUGGUGGCCUGUCACGUGAUAUGUUUGCCAGUGGUUACAAAACAAUGAAAUCUAUUGCAAAAAUUUCCAUAAUAUCUGUUAUGAAGAACGAUGAGUUUCCUAAUUCCCUGGUACGGUCGAGGGUUGGGAGAGUCAGCUCUCCAUCUCAAAAUGAUCUCACAUAGCCACGCUUAUACACUGACAGGGAAGUCCUACUCACUGCCUUCUCAUGGCGGGGGUGUUGCUUACGAAAUUGAGAGGAUGGAAAACGAAUGUCCAACGCUUUGACAGGGUUAAUGAAAAUGAAGGAUCCACCUAGGUGGUUGAAUUUUGUCAGAGAAUUUAUUCAUCAUUUAUUUUGUUCACCGGAUCCAUCUUCACUUACGAAUAAUACAUUGAAUUCAGCUGAUACAAGCCUUGUGACCAUUGCAAAUGAAGCGUAUACACGAUGUUUACGACCUUUUCAUUCAUGGUCUGUACGAGGUAUGGCUAUGGUUAUUAUCCAAUCACUUCCUUCACGUUUGUACUUAUUUGAUUUAUUAUUAAUGGAUAAUCCAGAAACAAUAACAUCUUCAAUAACUUCGACAACUGGAUUACCUCCUGGAUCUUUGAAUGAAACAAAAUUAUUAUUAGCACGUUAUCCAGAAGCAUAUAUUCAAUUAAAAUCAGAUGCUACACGUUAUUCUGAAGCAUUAGGUCGUUUUUUAACAUUAAUUGAAGGUCUUUUAGCUAGUUUAGAUUUAAAUCGUAUAUUCACCGGGUCGGAAAGUUAUUAAGAGAGAGAGGCAGAGAAAGGGGGCGGUUUCGUAACUUUGUCUCUUUUAAUCCUCAUCAUAUCAGUGGGAUUUCACUGGUUACCUUAAACACAUUCCUCAUUUUUUUUCUUUUUUCUAUGACUGUUAUGGUUGUUUCUAAUAACAAUAAUAAACAUAAUUAUUUUUCCAAUGUAUAGUCUUUUUUUUCUUUUUUUUGUUGUUGUUGUUUAUCUGUGUUGUCUUUCUCUGUAUGUGUUUGUUUUCCUUUUCUUUUAUUUUUGUGCUUUUUUUACUCGAUGAAUUAUUUAUUGAUUACUUUCUCAUAAGAAUAUUUAAACUACAGAUGAGAAGAGUAAGUAGAUGAAAUCAAUGAUUUCAUGUUUUCCUUGUUUGUGUUCGUAUAUGUAUAACUGACAGGAAGAGAGAGAGAGAGAGGGGGGAAAGAUGGGGGGGUGUUUUUUUUACCCCGCAUUCCAUUUUGUGUGUUUUAUUUGCCCACAAUCUAUACCUACACACACAUAUAUAUAUUUAUAUAUACACAAAUACAUACAUACAUAAUUAUUGUUAUUUUCAUGAUAUGAUCUCUUUGGUAUUUAAUGUAUUCAAUGCAAAAUUUGUUACGUAAGAGUUUAUUCUAUCGGUUAUGUCAAUGAAAUUUUAUGUAAUUUUUAUUUACACUAUAUUAAUAUAUACAGAUUUUAUGUCCACGC